UUCAUCCCCAAAAUUCAGAAUUUUCUUCUCCCCAAAUUUCAAUUCUGCAAUUGGAUUACGAAAUUGAUCGGAAAUUUCAUGAGCCAGCCGAUAAUCGGAGAGCUGCCGUUGCCGGAGGUGGCGCCGCCGGUGGUGUAUUGCCGGAGCUCAAGCUUCAGCAGCUUAAUACCUUGUUUAACGGAGACGUGGGGCGAUUUGCCGUUAAAGAUGGACGACGCUGAGGACAUGGUUAUUUACGGCGUCCUCCGUGACGCCGUUAACGAUGGAUGGACGCCGUUUAAGGACGUUAAGGCGGAGCCGAGAUUCGAAGCUCCCGGCGGCGAGCUGAGCUUUCCAACGGUGAGGAUGGAGUACCUGUCGACUCCGGCGGCGCCGGCGGUGACGCGGCCGAAGGGGAGGCAUUUUAGAGGAGUGAGGCAACGGCCGUGGGGGAAGUUCGCGGCGGAGAUAAGAGAUCCGGCGAAGAACGGCGCGAGGGUGUGGCUCGGGACUUACGAGACGGCUGAGGAAGCGGCUUUGGCUUACGAUAAAGCGGCUUACAGAAUGCGCGGCUCAAAGGCUUUGUUAAAUUUCCCGCACAAAGUCGGCUCGAACGAACCGGACCCGGUUCGAGUGACUUCCAAGCGGAGGUCUCCCGAGCCGGCUUUUUCGACGGCUUCGACGGUUACGUCCGGUUCGGAUAGUUUGUCGCCGAAGAGGAGGAAAAGAGCGGCGGCGGCGGCUGAGCAAGCCGAGCCGGAAGUGGAGAGCCAAAUGAUGGUAUUGCCAGGUGUCGUGCAAUUAGUGGCAGCUUGAAUGUGAGCUGGAAUCAUUAUUAAGGACUUGUUUGUUUGCGUAAAAGCCGUAAACUACUAGAAGACUGUAGGGCCCAAUGUUCUAUUUACAAAAAAAAAAGAAUAUCUGAAAAAUGUGUGCACUUGUAAAUUACAAAAAGCGGUUUUGUGGGUUCAAAAUGGAUGUCAAUUAAUAAUAUAUAUAUAUAAACACAAUUUUGAGCUUAA